CUACUCACGUACAACACCGAACCCGGAGGGAUUCAAAAUUGGUUCGCAUUGAUGAGAGGCGAGCGCUCUCACCGCUACGCCAAACGUUGACCAUCUUACUAUCAACCUAUAAAUAUUCUAGUAAAGAAUACUAGCGAUUCUUCUCCUCUAAGACCGUCUCGGACAGUAGUGACUAAUCAGAGAUUCAAGAUGAAAGACCAAAAUCCCAAAGAACAAGCAAGUUUUCUUUCCAAUAUAUUUUUUUGUUGGUUGAAUGGCUUAAUCAGGCUUGGCAAUCAACGGCCACUGUGCAAGGAUGACCUCUUUUCUUUACCAGACCAGGACAAAUCCAAGAUUGUAGAAGAACACUUCCAACAAUUAUGGAAUAAUGAAACCAAAGAAGCUAGAAAAUUCGGCCGGAAGCCUCGAUUGUGGAAAGUGAUGUUCAAGUUUAUUUCUUGCAAGAGUUACUUAUUCCUGAUCACUCUAAAGUGCGUGGAAUCACUCGCCAAUUUUUCUUCAGCAGUAUUAAUAUGGACGUACCUGAGUCUUUUACACCAUGGAUCUUUCAGCUACUCACGACUGACAUACCUUCUUGUUCUUGGCAUUGGUGUUUGUAGUUUAGUCAAAACAUUCGCACUUCAUCAUAAUAAUUUACAUGCUCUUAUGAUAGGGAUGCGAUUAAAGACAGCAUGCAUCAGCAUUGUCUACAAGAAGGUUCUAGCCUCUACUCGUAGUAGCAUUUCAAGAGUUACGCAUGGGUACAUAAUUAACUUGAUAUCAAGCGAUGCUCAAAGAUUAGAACAAAUUAUUAUGUGGUUGGUGUUCACCUUCAUGAUUUUGGUUGAUUUCCCCUUCACAAUGGCGUUACUGUAUGUCUUGGUUGGCUGGCAAUCUUUAUCGGGUCCACUUAUUGGCAUGAUCAUUUCGCUCCUUGUGGUAAUGUUAUCCAAUGUAUACGGGAAGCUCAGUGCUGAUCAGGCUCUUUCUACAGACAAACGUCUUGCUACUUUGAACGAGAUUAUCACGGGAAUAAGAGCUGUUAAGAUGUAUGCUUGGGAAUGGACAUACAGAGAUAAAGUAAAGAAAUUGAGAAGGAAAGAGAUGAGCCUCGUGCGUAUAAAAAGUCUCAUACUUUCCUUGYCACAAGCUGUAUUCUCAACUGUUUCUUUGACAGCUAUACUUGCAUCCGUCUUGACAAUGACUUAUUCUGGAAUUCCACUAAAUUCCGUUACCAUUUUCACCACAGUCUCCCUAUUGAACAAUAUAACUGAGUCGAUGCGUCUGCUUAUUCAAGGUGCAAGAACAAUUUGCCAUUUCAUUGUGUCACUUAACAGAAUUGAAGAAUAUCUUUUGGACGACUUUCCAAACGCUGCUGAAACAAAAGGCGGACAAAAAAACAAUGGCGUUUUUUGGAGGACAUUUAACGCAAGGGAGAGAAAUGGUAACCCCUCAAAGAUGGCUGCGAAGGCAGACAAGCUUCUUAAAGGCUCCUGCGAUAUCAGUGAUGGCAGACCAUCUUCCUUUGUCAAGCUUAAUCACGUCUCAAGCGGCUGGUUUGAUGAAACGCAUUCCUGUACACUUCACGAUAUAUCACUGAAUCUCAAUUCUAACAAGUUGCUAAUGGUGACGGGUCCUGUAGGAAGUGGGAAGUCUACUUUAUUGAUGACCAUUCUGGGUGAGAUCCCAAUUAAAUCAGGAGACCUUCUUACUCGAGGUAAAAUCGCUUAUGUCAGCCAAGCACCUUUUAUAUUCACCGGUACACUACGUGACAACAUCUUGUUAGGCAAGGAGUACGAGGAGAAGAAAUACGAAAGAACGUUACAUGUAUGUGACCUAUAUCAAGACGUGAACCAGUUUCCCAAAGUAGAUCAAAGCAUGGUAGGCCAACGUGGUGUAAGCCUUAGUGGUGGACAACGAGCUAGGGUUGGCUUGGCCCGAGCCAUGUAUUCAGACGCUGAUAUCUUUUUGCUCGAUGACCCACUGAGUGCUGUAGACACAAAAGUUGGACAGCACAUCUUUGAAAAGUGUAUCUCCGGAGAACUUGCUGGAAAAAUAAGAAUCCUUGUAACGCAUCAAAUGCAACACCUUCACCGAACUGAUGAUAUUAUCAUGAUGCAGGAUGGCCGUGUUAUGAGACAUGGAUCCUACAGCGAGAUCGACAAAGAUGGUGCCGUCAGUAGUUUUCUUGCAGAAUACAAAACACCAGAAACAAUGGAUUCUGGUGUUAUGAUCAAGUCUACUGAAAUGUCUUGUCUUGGAAGAAACGCUAUAGACGAAGGAAGAGACAUGGUCGAGGAAGAGGAAGACAGACAAGUUGGUACUGUAUCGUGGCGACUUUACAGGGAUCUUUUUCGUACGGCUUUGCAUCCUUUUCUGAUCAUUUGCAUCAUAUUGCUAUACGUAAUAGCUCAAG